AUGAUGCUCCCGCCGUUGCCAAGCAACGGGAAAUGGGCGGCGCGCAUCGUCCGUUGCCGGGGCAACGGGAGCCGCGCAUGCGCGGUAACGGGCGCGCACCUGCGCUCAGGUCCCGGUAUUGAUCCCGAUCCCGGUGCCGGUCCCGGUGCCGAUCCCGAUCCCGUUCCCGAUCCCGGUACCGGCGCGGAUUGGGAGCGCCAGCAGCGAAUCGCCGCCCGCCGCAACCGCAUCGAUGCCCGGCGCCGGGAAGCCCUCGGAGAGGAGGUGGAGCAGGAAGAGGAGGAGGAAGAGCAGGAGGAAGAGGAGAGGAAGAGCCUGAAGCUGAUCGAGGAGACCCAGAAGGUCCUGGCCAAGCUGCUUUUCCAAGGGACGCAGCUGCUGACGAACGUCCAGGUGGGAUCUGAUCUCCGGGAAUCGCGGAGGCGGGAAAAGGAGGGGCAGGAGAAGCUGAGGAGGUUGGAAAAGCUGGAGAAGGUAGCCCAGCGCGGGACGGAAAAGUUGGCGGAGAUCAACUCCAAGUGGGCCUCGGUGGGGGACGUGAAGAUCCCGCAGGAAUUGUGGGAGCUGCUGGAGCAGCAGCAGGAGGAGUGCGAGCAGCUCCUGGCCGGAAAGAACCGGCUCAUCCGAGAGCUCCAGGAGGAGCUGAAGGCCAAGGACGAGCAGUACGAGCAGGCCCUGCAGGAGCAGGCGGGUGAGAUCCAGGUGCUCCUGGAAAGGAUGGAAGAACAAACCAGGAAUAUGCUCAAAGCCUACCGGCACCACCUCCGGCAGAUCGAGAAAACGUUCGAGGAGGAGCGGCGGGAAAUGCUGGCCAACAACCGGAAAAGGUGGAAUGAGGCCAUCCGGGCCCACAACGAGCAGGAGCUGGAAUUCCUGCAGAAGCAGAUGGACAAGGCGCUGGAUUUCGAGCAGCAGCUGAACGAGCUGCAGGAUGAGAGCGUGGAGAACUACGACAGCAUGAAAUUCCAGCUGGAACAGGAUGUGCAGUACCUGGAGAGGAAACUCCGGCAGAUGAAGGGAAUUUACCACCUGAACCAGGUGAAGCUGGAAUACAACCUGGACGUUCUCCGGCAGCUGGAUGUGGAAAAUUCCACGCUCCGAUCCCUGCAGAAAAGGAAAAUCAGCCGAUUCCGGACGUCGCUCGAAUUGCUGAGCGCCAAAAUGGCCAAGCAGGAGAUGAAAUUCCAAGAGGAAAAGCAGAGCCUGGAAUCCGAGCUGGAGCGGGUCACGGGGCAGUUCCAGGAGACGCGGAGCCGGAUGAGGCAGCUGAUGCGCAGCAGCGCCGAGAAAUUCCGGCAGGUUUGGAUCGUGAACGAGGAAGAGGCCAAAGCGUUGAUCCGGGAAGCACUGGAUGCCGAUCGGAUCAUCCACGUCCAGCAGCUGGGAAUGCCGUGGGAAGAGCCUCACUUGUGGUUCAUGGAUAACGUGGGACCCCUGGGGCGCCGCCAGGAAAAGAGGGAUGCCAUGCAGGUGGCCACCAAACUCCUGGAAGGGAUCAAGUCUGGAAAACCGGAGCAGGAACGGAGGGGGAGUAAGAAGAAAGGAGCGCGGAGCGCAGAAGGAGGGAAGGAAAACCAGGAAAGGCUGGAGGAUAGAGCCACAUCCCGGCCGGGCAUUCCCAGGAAAACCCUCCGGAAAAUCCUGGAGGUCCUGAGCGAGGAGUCGGGAUUCCUGCUGGAAAACAAACUCCUAAAGCCGCUGCGGGAGGCGGUGGGGCCCAGGAACGACGUCCGGCAGCUCCGAUCCGUCUUCGAGGCCCUCCGGAUCGAGGACGAGGACGAGCUGCGCGAGCUCCUGGAUUUUUUCCUGGACUACGAAUCCCAGAACGCGCCCAAGAUCCAGGUCACCGGGAUGGGAGAAGAUCCCGCGGAUCCGGCUCAGGACCGAGGGAGCGGCAGAUCCCAUUCCCAGAGGGAUCAGCACCAACCCCCUGGGAGCUCCCCUCGCAUCCCGUCCAUCCAAGUGGACCACGUCCUGACAAUCCUGCGGGAAUUCCUACGGGAUUUUGUCAAGCUGAGGGAUGAAGGACCCCCCAGGGAAAUUCAGGACGUCCGGGACAAUUCCAAGGACGGGGAAUACUGGGAAGCCCUGACCCGCGUCAUUCCCGAGCGGACACUCAAACUUUGGGAUGCACUUGGAGCCGCGCUCUUGGAAUAUCAUAAAGUUCUGACCCGGAGAUCCGAGCUCUUUUCCGAGGCCGCCGCCCUGCAGCGGCAGAACUCGGAGCUGGGAAUGCUGCUGGAGGAAUAUUUGGGAUCCGCGCAAGUCCGGUGAGCUCAGCCUUCCCAUUCCCGGGGAUAUUCCGGACACGGAUCCCACCGGGAUCGAUCCAAACCCGGGAAUCGCCGGUGCCGGGUGUGGAUUUGCCUGGAUCGGAGCCAGGAAUUCCUGGCGGGGGUUAAUAAACCAUUCCCAAACCUG